AUGUCGUUGUUGCUUCCCGUUUCAGACAGCCGCACGACUUCACGACGCCUCCAGCUCCCUCGACAGCCGCGAGACUUCACGACGCCUCCAGCCUCCAGAGGAGGCGAGGAGGAGAGGAGGCGAGGAGGAGAGGAGGCGUGGAGGAGAGGAGGCACGGAGGAGAGGGAGCGUGGAGCAGAGGAGGCGCGGAGGAGAGUAGGCGUGGAGCAGAGGAGGAGAGGAGGAGAGGAGCAGAGGAGGAGAAGCAUCGGAGGAGACGGAGGCGAGGAGGCGAGGAAGAGAGGAGGCGAGGAGGAGAGGAGGAGAGGAGGCGAGGAGGAAAGGAGGCGAGGAGGAGAGGAGGCGAGGAGGCCCGCAUUGACAUUACUGGUUGCAGCAGCAGUGGGAGCAGAAGGGGAGGCGAACCAGCAGAGGAACAAAGAUGCAGCAUUGGAGAGACAUGGAGCUGAGGGCACGGAGAAGGCAUGGAGGGAAGAAGGCCAAAGGAGCAGAUGCGCAUAG